GACGGCAACGAUAAAAUUUUUUUUUCUUUAAAAUAUAUAUUUUCUCUCGACUGAUCUGAACAGGCAAGAAAAAAAAUUAGCAGGCAAAAAUAUCGUAAAACAUUGUCUAUUUGACCAUCGAAAUCACGUUCAUUGCAUUAUGUUUUGUGAACAUCGAUCAUAACCAACCAUACAAGUCGAUCAAUAAAGAAAAAAAAUGUUUUGGUAUUAAUUUGUCUGAUGAUUUGAUCAACAUCGAUUGUAUGAAUCUUGUGUUCAAAUAUAUUUGUUUGUGAAUGAGUGUUAAAACAAUCACAAAGUGUCAAAAAAAAAAUUGAAAAAACAGCAAUUUUUUUUUGCUUUUUCAGUUUUAAAAUUGGAGAAAAAUUAUUUUAAAAAAACCUACAACCUUGAUGAUUAGAUUGUUUAGAUUGAUUGUUUCGGCAUUUCGUUCAAAUCAUAAUCACGGCGAUUAUCGAUUGCCACCAUCAUUAUCUGACGACGACGACAACGACGAUUCAUUUGACCAUUCGGUCGGUGAAUCAUCAUCUCUAUUACAAUAUAAUAUUAAUUCAUGUUCAAAUAUUAUUGUUGAUGUUGAUGAUAUAAAAAAAACGAUACCGAUAUAUGCGGCUGUCGACAGCGAUAACAAAAUCGAAAAUUCAAUAAUAAAUUCAAAUUUUAGUCAAAUAACUAACGAUAAUUUUGAUAAAAAAAUGUCAUCCAAUGAUCAUCAUCAUCAUAAUAAUAAUCACAAUAAUCACCAAAAUUCAGAUUCAUCAAACAGUGAAUCUCAACUAAAUCAGCAACAUCUAAACGACAACGACACCAUUUUGGAUAGCACCACUUUUAAAGAGAAUAAUCAGAAAAACUAUACGAAACCAAUAUUUACGAUCGAUCAGGCACCCGAUGAUAGUGAUUCGUCAUCUUCCGAUGAAGAAGAUUUUAAAAAAUCCAAUCCAAACAACAAAGACGACAUUUUAAAUCAUUUAAGGGCAUCGAAUAUACUGCUGGAUGCGCUUUGCCCCACAGGAACCAGUGAUACAGGACAAAGUUGUUUGUCAACAACAAUGGACACUAAACGUUUCAAUAGGCAAACAAGACAAUUACGACAAUCAAUGUCAGGCAUACAUCUGUCAAGUCAGGAUCGUGCCGACAAGCAGGAUUUUACGAUCGCAACACCAGAAGAAUUCAUCAAACGUUUUGGUGGUACACGUGUGAUCAAUAAGGUAUUAAUUGCCAACAAUGGCAUUGCUGCCGUUAAAUGUAUGCGUUCCAUACGCCGUUGGUCAUAUGAGAUCUUUCGCAAUGAACGAGCCAUUCGUUUUGUUGUCAUGGUCACACCUGAGGAUCUCAAAGCAAAUGCUGAAUACAUCAAGAUGGCUGAUCAAUAUGUUCCAGUACCAGGUGGAACUAACAAUAACAAUUAUGCUAAUGUCGAAUUAAUAGUCGACAUAGCUAAACGAAUGAAUGUACAAGGUGUUUGGGCUGGAUGGGGACAUGCAUCGGAAUAUCCUCGAUUACCUGAGUUGCUUACGAAAGCUAAUAUCACAUUCAUGGGUCCGCCUUGUAAUGCUAUGUGGGCACUUGGUGAUAAAAUAGCAUCAUCAAUUGUAGCUCAAACUGCUCAGGUUCCAACCUUAGCAUGGUCUGGUUCCGGAUUAACUUGUCCCGGAUGGAAAGAAGGAAAAACAUUCAAAUUACCGCCCGAUCUUUAUCAAAAAGGUUGUGUGACUGAUGUGAAUGAAGGGUUGAUCGCAGCACAGAAAAUUGGAUUUCCAGUUAUGAUCAAAGCUUCAGAAGGUGGUGGCGGUAAAGGUAUACGAAAAAGUGAAUCUCCCGAUGAUUUUCCACAAAUGUUUCGUCAAGUGCAAAAUGAAGUUCCUGGAAGUCCAAUAUUUGUGAUGAAAUUGGCAACCUGUGCUCGACAUUUAGAAGUGCAAUUAUUGGCUGAUCAUUAUGGUAAUGCCAUCUCAUUAUUUGGUCGUGAUUGUUCAAUCCAACGUCGGCAUCAAAAAAUUAUAGAAGAAGCACCCUGUAUCAUUGCCGAUGAAAGUACAUUCCAAGAGAUGGAAAAAGCAGCCGUUCGUUUGGCUAAAAUGGUUGGUUAUGCUAGCACUGGUACUGUUGAAUAUCUUUACGAUCCACAAAACAAAAAAUUCUACUUUCUUGAACUGAAUCCUCGGCUUCAGGUCGAACAUCCUUGUACGGAAAUGGUUGCCGAUGUCAAUUUACCUGCCUGUCAACUACAAAUUGCUAUGGGUCUUAAGCUGAAUAGAAUUAAAGAAAUUCGUUUACUUUAUGGUGAAUCACCUUGGGGUGAUUCUGCAAUUGAUUUCGACAAUCAUGUUCGAAAUAGACCAUGGGGACAUGUAAUCGCUGCACGAAUCACAUCAGAAAAUCCAGAUGAAGGUUUUAAACCUUCCAGUGGUACCGUUCAAGAAUUGAAUUUCAAGAGUUCGAAAAAUGUCUGGGGCUAUUUUUCCGUGGGUGCUCUCGGUGGAUUGCAUGAAUUUGCUGAUUCACAAUUUGGUCACUGUUUUUCAUGGGGUGAAGAUCGCGAAGAAGCACGAGAGAAUAUGGUUUUAGCCUUGAAAGAACUUUCCAUUCGUGGUGAUUUUCGAACAACUGUUGAAUAUCUUAUCACUCUAUUAGAAACGGAAGAUUUUCAAAGAAAUAAUUUCAAUACUGGCUGGUUGGACAAAUUGAUUGCUGAACGCGUUCAAUCGGGCAAACCAAAAACUUCAUUAGCAUUGAUUUGUGGUUGCAUUCACGUUGUUGAUUCUAAAAUGGUGUCAAAUUGGCAACAUUUUCAAAAUUCCUUACAAAAAGGACAAAUUUUACCGGCAAAUACGUUGACAAACAAUGAAGAUGUUGAAUUAAUCUAUGAAGGAAAAAAAUACGUUGUAAAAGUCACCAAAUCUGGUCCAAAUUCAUAUUUUUUAAUCAUGAAUGGAACUUAUAAAGAAAUUGAGGUGCAUCGUAUGUCCGAUUCAGGACUGUUAUUGUCUAUCGAUCAUUCAUCAUAUACUACUUAUAUGAAAGAAGAAGUGGAAAGAUAUCGAAUUGUUAUAGGUAAUCAGACCUGUGUGUUUGAAAAAGAAAAUGAUCCUACUAUUCUUCGAUCACCAUCCACUGGUAAAUUAUUGCAAUUUCUAAUUGAAGAUGGAUCGCACGUCAAUGCUGGCCAAGCGUACGCUGAAAUUGAAGUCAUGAAAAUGGUGAUGACAUUGACAACACAAGAAUCUGGAAUCCUACAACAUGUCAAACGUUCAGGUGCAGUCCUCGAAGCUGGUUCUAUUUUGGCUAGAUUAGAGUUAGAUGAUCCAAGUCGUGUACACCGUGCAGAACUUUAUACAAAAGGUUUCGAUGUUUUGGAUGAAGAAUGUGAAAAUGAUUCAGGUGUUUCUGGUGCCUCCUCUACAGCAUCAACAAAUGAUUCUCAUGGAGCGCCUGUUGAGCCUAAAUUAAAUGUUACCUUUCAACAGGCCAAAACGCAUUUGGGCAAUGUUCUUUCUGGUUAUGUAUUAUCAGAACCAUAUUUUAGUAAUUUUAUGACACAUUAUGUCGAAACAUUUAUGGAUUGUUUACGUGACCCUCGUUUGCCGCUAUUAGAACUUCAAGAUAUAAUCGCUUCAACUUCCGGACGGAUUCCACCCCAAGUGGAGAAAUCGAUCAGGAAAUUGCUGAACAAUUAUUCCAGCAAUAUUACGGCUAUUUUAGCUGCAUUCCCUUCACAGCAGAUUGCCUCUGUUAUUGAUUCGUAUGCCGCUACAUUGCAAAAACGUUCCGAUCGUGAUGUUUUCUUCUUGAAUACACAAGGUAUUGUGCAAUUGGUACAACGAUAUCGGAACGGAAUCCGAGGUCGAAUGCGUUCCUGUGUGCAGGAUUUGAUUCGUAAUUAUAUCGAAGUCGAACAACAUUUCCAGCUAGGCCACUACGAUAAAUGUGUCUCGGGAAUGCGAGAAAAAUAUAAGGAUGAAGGCAUGCAAAAAGUCGUUCAAAUCAUCUUUUCACAUUUGGCUGUUGGUCGUAAAAAUCAGCUGAUCAUUAAACUUAUUGAUCACCUUUGUGGUAGAGAACCAGGCAUAACAGAUGAACUAAGUUCGAUAUUAAAUGCAUUGACUUUAUUGAACAAAUCGGAAAAUUCUAAAGUCGCUCUUCGAGCGAGACAAGUAUUGAUAUCGGCACAUCAACCACCUUAUGCCUUACGUCAUAAUCAAAUGGAAUCAAUAUUUUUAUCUGCUAUCGACAUCUAUUCACAUGAAUUUGAACCGAACGUACUGAAUAAAUUGAUCAUCAGUGAAACUUCAAUAUUUGAUGUGUUACAUCAAUUUUUCUAUCAUCCGAACAGUGUUGUUCGUCGUGCUGCACAGGAAGUUUAUGUACGUCGUGCAUACAUUUCUUACGAAAUGAUAUCGUUGCAACAUUCAGUCAUUGGUGCUGGUGGAUCGAAUCAAUUGCCUAUCGGAAGCACUACGUUAGGAUCGGCUUCAGAUAGCCUUUACACAGCUAAAGGAUUAUAUGGAAGCCCGAGUUCUUUGUCCGGUGGUCCAGGGUCCAUAUCUGUCACUGGAAAUCGUGACCAAUCGAUACCUUGUGCUGUGUAUCAUUUUUUAUUGCCUCAUUCCCAUCCAUCGACAACCGCCAAUCAACUAUCAUCAUCAGCUUCAUCGUCAAAUCUUCAAGCAACCGCUUCAGCAUUUACCGGAGUUGAUGAUGUCCUUUAUUUUAAUCAUAACAAUUAUCGGGUCGGUUUGAUCGCCUCUUUUAUUAAUGUGGAACAAUUGGAAGCUAAUUUUUCUGAAAUGCUCAACAUUAUUCAUCGAGUUGAUGAUGAACUAAAUGGAUCGGAUAGUGUUUGGUCAGUUGUUAACGGUGAUGUCAAUGCAUCAUCAGCCAAUUCUUUGAAUGAACAAUCAUUGGCUAAGCGUUCAGUCAGUUCUUCAUUGUUAGAAGAACCUGAAGCAAUCUACAUAAUGAAUAUUACGAUAAAAUGUGAAGGGCAGGAUGAUGCUACAUUGACCAAACAAUUCGAAGAAUUUUGUCAAAAACGUUGUUCAGAGCUCGAAAAACAUUCCAUACGUCGUGUUACUUUUGUUGUAUGUGAUAGAUAUCGUUUUCCACGUUAUUUUACAUUUCGUUACCGUGAUGGCUAUACUGAGGAUAAAAUUUAUAGACAUUUAGAACCGGCAUUAGCUUUUCAACUUGAAAUUAAUCGUCUCAGAAAUUAUGAUUUGGAAGCUGUGCCCACAGCCAGUCAAAACAAAAUGCAUUUAUAUCUGGGAAAAGCAAAAGCCCGAGCACCUGGUCAACAGGUUACGGAUUUUCGAUUUUUUGUUCGAACCAUAAUUCGUCAUUCCGAUUUGAUCACCAAGGAAGCUAGUUAUGAAUUUCUACAAAAUGAAGGUGAACGCCUCUUGCUCGAAGCAAUGGAUGAAUUGGAAGUUGCUUUUACUCAUCAUUUGGCACCCAAAACCGAUUGCAAUCACAUCUUUUUGAAUUUCGUACCUAAAGUAACAAUGGAACCUGCCAAAGUACCAUACAUUGCUGAAAAUGUUCGCAAUAUGGUGAUGCGAUACGGACCACGACUAUGGAAGCUUCGUGUUUUGCAAGCCGAAAUUCGAAUGAUUAUUCGACCUUCGCCCAAUUCCAAAUGUACUCCAAUCCGUUUAUUGCUGGCCAAUGAAUCUGGCUAUUAUUUAGAUAUGCAUCUUUAUAAAGAAGUUUUGGACACAAUGUCUGGAACGAUGAAAUUUGAAGCAUGGCCAGGAACUGGAAAACCUGGCCAUUUACACGAUCUUCCUAUUUCGACACCAUAUAUGACAAAAGAUUAUCUUCAAUUGAAACGAUUUCAAGCUCAAUCAAAUGGAACUACUUAUAUCUAUGAUUUUCCAGAUAUGUUUCAGGCAGCUUUGAUCAAAAUCUGGGAAGAAUAUCUUGAAAUGCAUCCAGAAAUGCAAAUGCCAGCUCAAGUAAUGCAAUGCAUGGAACUAGUCAUCGAAUCGGCCAAUCCAACACGAUUAGUCGAAAUGAGACGAGUACCGGGCGAGAAUGAAUGUGGAAUGGUUGCUUGGAGAAUCACUAUAUUCACCCCCGAAUAUCCUGAUGGUCGUGAUAUUAUUGUUAUUGGUAAUGAUAUAACUCAUUUAUUGGGUGUUUUCGGACCAAAAGAAGAUAUGCUCUUUCAGAAAGCUUCGGAAAGAGCGCGAUCAUUAAAGAUUCCCCGUAUUUAUCUAUCGGCCAAUUCGGGUGCUCGAAUCGGUCUGGCUGAAGAAGUUAAAAAUGCUUUUCAAAUUGCGUGGUUUGAUGACAAAGAUCCAGACAAAGGCUUUAACUAUAUUUAUUUGACGCCUGAACAAUAUAAAAGAUUGGCCGAUUCUGUAAAGUGUGAGCUAAUUGUUGAAAAUGGUGAAACACGAUACAAAAUUACCGAUAUUAUUGGCGCUCAAGACGGCUUAAGCGUGGAAAAUCUUAAAUACGCUGGCAUGAUUGCUGGAGAAUCUUCUCAAGCCUACAAUGAAAUUGUAACCAUAACAAUGGUAACCUGUCGGGCCAUAGGUAUUGGCUCCUAUUUGGCUCGUCUUUCUCAACGAGUUAUUCAAAUCGAAAAUUCACAUAUCAUUUUAACUGGUGCUAGUGCUUUGAACAAAUUAUUGGGUCGUGAAGUAUAUACUUCUAAUAAUCAACUAGGUGGCAUACAAAUCAUGUAUGCCAACGGAGUCUCUCAUGUUACCGCUCAAGAUGAUCUGGAAGGAGUGUCAACUAUUUUGCGAUGGUUAUCCUACAUACCGGAUCGUCGCUAUCGACCAUUACCAAUUUUGGAAUCAAUUGAUCCUAUAGAACGUGAAGUUACAUUCACUCCUUCACCUUCGCCUUAUGAUCCGAGAUGGAUGUUGUCUGGACGAGAAAACAAUCAAGGUAUAUGGGAAGAUGGUUUUUUUGAUCGAGGAACUUGGCAUGAAAUUAUGUCCGGUUGGGCCUUGACCGUCGUCACUGGUCGAGCCCGUCUUGGGGGUAUUCCAGUUGGUGUGAUUGCUGUCGAAACUCGAGCUGUUGAACUGAUUAUUCCAGCUGAUCCCGCUAAUUUGGAUUCCGAAACUAAAGUCGUAUCGCAAGCUGGACAAGUUUGGUUUCCGGAUUCUUCCUACAAAACAGCACAAGCUAUACAGGAUUUCAAUCGGGAAGAUUUACCUUUGAUCAUUUUCGCAAAUUGGAGAGGCUUUUCUGGUGGUAUGAAAGACAUGUAUGAUCAAGUGGUGAAAUUCGGAGCUUACAUUGUCGAUGCUUUACAUCAAUAUAAUCAACCGAUUAUCGUUUAUAUUCCUCCAUAUGGCGAACUUCGUGGUGGAGCUUGGGCUGUUCUUGAUGCUACGAUUAAUCCAAAACAUAUGGAAAUGUAUGCUGAUACUGAUAGCCGUGGCGGUGUACUUGAACCCGAAGGUACCGUCGAAAUUCGUUUCCGACAAAAAGAUUUGAUCAAGACCAUGCUUCGUUGUGAUCCCGAAUGUAAACGAUUGAGCAAACUGAUGAACGAAACUACAUCGCUUGAACAAAAAACUAGUAUUGAAAAUGAACUUAAGGAACGUGAGCAAAUGUUGAUGAGCAUGUAUCAUCAAGUAGCUUUAUCAUUCGCCGAUCUUCAUGAUACUCCUGUGCGAAUGUUUGAAAAGAAUUGCAUCACCGAAGUAGUUCCAUGGCGUACAUCCAGACAAUAUUUUUAUUGGGUAUUGAAGCGACGACUUUGUGAGAAUCGAGUAAAGAAUGAAAUUCAACGAGUUAUACUGAACAAGAAUGAUGCUGAGGCAAGUUCUAUGAUUCGUCGUUGGUUUGUCGAGCACACAGGACAACAUAAUCAACAUCAAUGGGAAGACAACAGAAUUGUGGCUCAAUGGCUCGAAUCACAAUUGAAAGCUCCAUCUCAAGUUUUGGACAAUAUUCGUUGCAUACAACGAGAUGCUUUGACCAGACAAAUUCAAGGUCUAUACAAGGAUUUUCCUUCUGCAACGUUUGACGCUUUAGUGCAACUGAUACAUUCAGGCAUGACACAACAACAACGUUCGGAUCUAUUAUCUGCCCUAGUCUCAUUAGAAAGUGAAGAUGAAAAUAUUACCAAUGCAACUGCAUCUCAACAAACUGUCUGCGAUUCAGGGGCUACAUCCGAUUGUGGUGGCACUACAACUGAUUCAACCCCAGGCAGUGGAAACAGUUCGGUAAAAAGUGAAAUAGCUGUAAUUCCCAGCAAUACUAAUGAAACAUCAUCGAACAUCACUAAUACUUCAACCAGUUGAGUCGUAAUGUUCAGCAAAAACGCUGAUAAAGGCUCUGUUAACGAUGAUGAACCUGAAUCUAAAUGGAAAAAAUGUGCCUUUUGUUUUUGUUGUUUUUAAAAUCUUCUUUUUCAAUCUUCAUCUGUUGGUCAUUGAUGUUAUUAGAUUAUAAUUUAUUUGUCUGCAAUGACUUGUAUAUAUUAUAUCCAAACAGACUGGCUCAUUCAAUCAUAAUAAUCGGUUUAUGUUUACUCAUCCAGGAGCAAUUUUAUAGGAAUUUUAAAUUUAAAAAUGUAAUAUGGAUUUAAGAAUUAAAAAAUCAGUGUGCCUUUUGGAAAUAAAUUGGUCUUUUUCUAUUUUCCUUA